GCUUUGCAGCUGGAGGAACAUGUUGCGCGUCUCCGGGAGGAGCUGGACCGGGAACGGCAGGAGCGCAACUACUUCCAGCUGGAGCGUGACAAGAUUCACACCUUUUGGGAGAUCACCCGUCGGCAGCUGGAGGAGAAGAAAGCAGAGCUGCGGAACAAGGACCGGGAGAUGGAGGAGGCAGAGGAGAAGCAUCAAGUGGAGAUCAAGGUUUACAAACAGAAGGUGAAGCACCUGCUGUACGAGCACCAGGAGAACCUCACCGAGCUGAAGGCGGAGGGCACGCUGUCCAUGAAGCGGGCCCAGAAAGAUCACUGGGCUCAGGAGAUGGAGCUGCGGAAGGACGUGCGCUCCUUGAAAGUGGAGCUCAAGGAGCAGGAGCUGGCCAACGAGGUGGUGGUGAAGAACAUGCGCCUGAAACAAGAGGAGGAGAUCACGCAGCUCUGCAGUGACUUUGAGAGACAAGUGAAAGAGAUCGAGGCCAAGUACAACAAGAAGAUGCACGUGCUGCGGGACGAGCUUGAUCUGCGCAGAAAGACCGAAAUCCAUGAGGUUGAGGAGAGGAAGAACAGCCAGAUCAGCGUGCUCAUGAAGAACCACGAGAAGGCCUUCAGUGACAUCAAGAACUACUACAAUGACGUCACCCUCAAUAACUUGGCGCUCAUCAACACGCUCAAGGAGCAGAUGGAGGAGAUGAAGAAGAAGGAGAGUCACUUGGAAAAGGAGAUGGCAGACAUGCUGCUCCAGAACAAGCAGCUGACGGAGCGCCUGCAGCGGGCCCAGGAGCAGGUGUCUGAGCUGCAGAAGAAGUUGACCCACUACGAGAAGGACAAGGAGGCUCUGAGGAACACAAAAGCCCAUUUGAAAGUCAGCCAGAAAGAACUAAAAGAUCUUCAGUGGGAACACGAAGUGCUGGAGCAGAGGUUUGGUAAGGUGAGAGCUGCAGAUGG